ACUCACGCGUGUGACAUCUAGAAGAAUAUUAACGCGUUAACCGGCGUGUUGGAAAUAUUUCCACGCGUGGUUUUAAGCGUUUUUGAACACGGUUGACAUGUGACGAAUGUUGCGCAGCAGAGUCACAGCGAGAGUUGGUGACACGUCAACCACACGGAAGAAGCCUCGACCUGCCGCCGUGCUGCCGACACACACCGUCUGAACGAAAUGGGUGGUUUCUUCUCCAGUCUCUUCUCUGGCCUGUUUGGCACCAGGGAGAUGAGGAUUUUGAUCCUGGGUCUGGACGGAGCCGGAAAAACGACCAUUCUGUACAGGCUACAGGUCGGAGAGGUUGUCACCACCAUCCCCACAAUCGGCUUCAACGUGGAGACAGUCACAUACAAGAGUCUGAAGUUCCAGGUGUGGGAUCUGGGAGGACAGACAAGUAUCAGGCCCUACUGGCGGUGUUAUUACUCAAACACAGAUGCAGUCAUCUAUGUCGUCGACAGCAGUGACCGCGACAGGAUGGGCAUCUCAAAGUCUGAGCUGGUGGCCAUGUUGGAGGAGGAAGAGCUGAAGAAAGCUAUCCUGGUGGUGUUUGCAAACAAGCAGGACAUGGACCAGGCAAUGACGCCCACAGAGGUCGCCAACGCUCUGGGCCUUCCCGCCCUCAAAGACAGAAAAUGGCAGAUCUUCAAGACUUCGGCCACAAAGGGCACAGGCCUCGAGGAGGCAAUGGAAUGGCUGGUCGAUUCCCUGAAGAGUCGACAGUAAAGACUUCAGGCUGUUUUGUACAUACUCCUGACCUUUGACCGUCUGUAUGAAGCCUUGUGACUGGCCCCUCCCCACAUCCCACUUGACCGGUGAUUGCACUCCUCCCCUUCCUCCAACCCACCUGAAGCCUUGGCCAAGCUCUCCCAAUGCCUAAUGCCUUUCAAGCCUGGGACUUAGAAGCAAAGGCUGCAGUAAUGUCUGGACUGGGCACAAACGCACUACGCCCAAUCUCUCCCAACGCUGGUGGCACGAGUGAAGGUUUCAGUAUGACAUCAGUGAUGGAUGGACAACCAGUUAAUGUUUUUUUGAAAUGGAAGAAGAUGCAUGUUGAAUGUUGUAAUUUUAUGAAUCCAUUUGUUUCUAGUUUCAGCACAUAAAUAAUUAAUCGUGAUUAAAAAAUACUUUGAGCCUGUCCAUUCUGGUUCAGCGGGUGUCUUCUGGACAAUGUAAGCUUCAUCUCCUCCCGGAGGGGAUUAGUCCUCGUAAUCGACAGGCACUAAUGUCAGCAAAAAGGUGCCAGGACGAUCCAUCGGGAGGCAGCGCUUUCCCAUCCAUCAGGGAGCAAACUGCACCAGUCGACCGUAAAAACUUCACUCCUGAGCUGAGCAGCCACAUACAUCAUCGCAGAGAAGCAGCUGCUUGAUUGCCAAUUCAUUAGAUAAGAUUUUAAUAGUGCGCUGGACUAUCCAUACAGUAUUGCAUUCAUGUUUAGCACAGCAAAUCCAACUUUGGAUAUUGUACCUUUCUGUAAACAAUCUGCUAGCUUAUGUGAAAUGUUCUAAUUUAUUUUGGGAAAUGGAAAAUUUGAAAAAACUGAUCUACUGUGUCCUCUGGCCAAGUGUUACUGCAGCCUGGCCUGUUUUUGUACUAUAUCGUGAGGCAGAUGCAAAGUCAUGGAUUUCUAUUUUGUUUACCCCUGUCAUUUGUGUGUCCCCCCCUCUUUUUUUAAAUAAUUUAGGAGUUAAACCUUUUUCCAUUGAAAUCCUUAAGUACAGCUUUGGCAUAUUAGUAAUUAAGUUACUCAACACUAACUGUAUGCUCAAAGUUUUAUGGUUGCAUAUUUAUAUCUGCUUGUACAGUAAAAAAUGAUUCUUAGUAAAGAUUGCUUUCAGUGAUUGUA